AUGGUAGUAACCGGCCAACUCCAGAAAACUUUAGAUCUCAAAUACGUUCUUCGGUCGUUGCCAAUUCAUAACGGACUAUAUCUUCCCCGGAUCAACGGACACACCUCCCUCUUCUUUGCGUAUACUCUUCUCCUUCUCAUUCCUCCCUUUCUUCUUCUAAGUCUCAACAUCUUAUUUGAAAGAGCUAAAUCUGAGAAUGUGAUAUCAGGGAUUAAAAUGGGAAAUGAUGGUCCAGUCAUUUCUCACCUUAAAUUUGCUGAUUACACUAUAAUUUUCUGCAAAAAUGACAGACAAGAAGUUCAAUCUAUCAUGGGAAUCUUAUGCACCUUUCAGCUAAUAUCAGGUUUGAAAAUCAACUUUGCUAAGAGCCAGCUUUGUGGUAUUGGCAUCCCUGAAGAGAUUGUCGAAUCAUAUGCUGAAAUUCUGGGGUGCAAAGUGAUUAAACUUCCAACUAAAUAUUUGGGAUUACCUUUGGGUGCCAAUCCUAGAAGGUGGUCUACAUGGAAUUCAGUAAUUGAGAGAUUUGAGAAGAAAUUAUCCAGUUUGAAUAGGAAGAAUAUAACUCUUGGAGGCCAGCAAACGAUGAUUAACUCUAAUUUAGGAAAUUUACCUCUAUUCUACAUGUCUCUCUUCAAGAUGCCUAUUUCAGUUGCAAGGAAGUUGGAAAAGUUACAAAGGCAAUUUUUGUGGGGUGAUACUGAGGAGAAAAGAAGAUUACAUAUGGUGGGGGGAUAG